GCGAACGGGGAAAAUCGGGCCACGGAUCUGGCAGUGCGCGGGACGGCGGCGAUGAGCUGGCAUAAAAUCAUCGUCGCGUGUCGACGUCGGCGUCGACGUUGACGUUGACGUUCGUCCCGCGGGGGUGACGUGAUGCGCGCGAUUGUCGCCCGAGGAUCGAACGUCGCUCGAUUAUCAGCGACGCUCGGAUAAGCGACUUCCUCUCGACCUAACCUGCCUUCCGAGCAUCAAGCUGCAUAACAUAUUGUACUCGGGACUCGUCUCGCUUCUCGAGCCCGCGGAUAUCCCGAUCGCGCGACAUCGCUCGCGCUGAACGCGCGUCGGACGAGACACGUGGUUUCGUUGAAGUACCGAGGGAAAACAAACAAACGCUUCGUGUUUCGUGCGGAGCACAGUGUUUUCGAGCAACUCGAACUUGAAAAGUGGAACGCACUUUGCGUUCUAAUUUUUUUCCCCACCUCAGGCGUACCUCAAGAGAUUGUAGCAGCACUCUAGUAGGAUAUAUAAAUUGUACGGCCAAAACUACAACAUUACUCAAAGUUUGGCAAGCAAGACGCCAGCAAUACACGCUAGAAACAUAGAUCUUGAAGAAUUUAAGCGUUGCAACGGUGCAGAAGGGCUCUAUGUGCUCCACCGUGACUUGGGCAAAUGGUACUUUAGUUUCCAAGAGCUUACUACUGUGGUAUCGCGAGAAGUGCAUCCGAUCGACCUGUAACUGGGACAUACGACAGCGACAAGAUGCUCAACGAGAUCAGGGCGGCGGUACUGUUCUUAGUAAAGCUGAUCGAAAAAAGCGAAAAAUUUAGUCCCGAUCAAUUAGAAUGCUUCAAGCGACACUUGGUCGAACUGUUGACGGAACGCUUUAAAAACCACUGGUUUCCCGACAAGCCGUUCAAGGGCCAGGGAUAUCGUUGUAUACGCGUCAAUGGCCACAAUCGUCGAGAUGCAACCCUAGAGAGCGCCGCGAGUGCUGCCGGAGUCAAAUAUGAAGACCUGGCCCUGCCGGUGGAGUUAACUUUGUGGGUUGAUCCCAAUGAGGUCUGCUGUCGAUUCGGUGAGAGUAAGGGAUCAUAUUGCACGCUGGCAUCGUUUGAGGAUAAGGAGAAUACUGUACCCAUUUUUCAAAGCGAACAUAAAAAGAACAUGGAAAAAGAGAACAAGGAAGUCCAUGUGGGGUCCAUCAAGAUACAGAAAUCCCCUUUAACCGCUAGUACAGAACAACAACAGCCGAAAUCAAAACUAUUAAGCACUGCUAAUCAAAACCAACAACAUAGCAAUAACGGUACAGGUAGGAGACGUAAUUUGAAUAGUCCUAGACUGCAUCUGAACAGAAAUCGUUCGUGGUUCGGUCACUCCUUUAGCAUGGGUUACGGUCCUCAUCCAAUCAAUCAGCCUUGGUACAAUAUAAUGCCUCCGCAUUUCCUCGGUGGCCCUUCUCCACCGCCCUUUAUGGGACAUCGGGGGAAUAAAUGGGUACACCCGUCCUCUUAUCCGACAGGACCCUCCCGUUUCCACCACUGGUCUCCCAAAGCUACUCUUAAGGUAUAAAGAAAAUCUCUUUCAAAGAAAACAGUUAGAAAACCUGUUUCUUUUUACGAAAAAAUUCGAAAGGAAAAAUAUAACAGAGUGUAAGUUGAUUUUAUGGAAAAUGCUUAUAUUGUUACAUUUUGAAAUAAAAUAUCAUGCUGUGAUUUAUG